AAAAAAGAACUCUUCUCUUCUUUCUCCCCCAAGUGAAGCUGAGCUGGGAUGCUUGCCACCACUCAGCUUCCUCCUUCCUUUACUUCACACUUUCUUUACAUUCCGGUGAUGGGAAAGCUAGGCGACAAGAGGGAGAUGGAUCGCCGUCGCGGCGACCGAGACGACGACGGCGACGAAGCAGAACAAUUUGCUCUGACUCUGAGCCGACCAAGCAAGAGGCAGAAGAAACUGCUCAUCAAUACUAAUGAGCUUCUGACCAAGCUCUGCAACUGGCUUCGCGACAAAUUCAUCCGCCCUCCUCCUUUUUCCUCCUCCUAUUCGAUUCCUUUCAACAGAAACAGCAGCAGCAGCAGCGAUUCUGGUUCCGGAUUAAGCAAAUACGACGUCUUCAUCAGCUUUAGAGGAGCCGAUGUCCGGAACUCCUUCCUCAGCCACCUCUACUAUCACCUGAAAGAUCUGCGGAAAUUGGCGGUCUACAAAGACGAUGUGGAUCUGGAGAGAGGGGAGCAGAUCUCGCCGUCGCUCUUGCUGGCGGUCCAGAGAUCCGACGUCUACAUUGUGAUUCUCUCCCCCAAAUACACUGAUUCCCCAUGGUGCUUGGAGGAGCUCGAGAAGAUUCUCCAGUGUAUGAAGCUGCACGGACGGAGGGUUAUACCGGUUUUCUACGGCGUCGAUCCUUCUGCGGUCGAAAACCAGAAAUUGCCCUCUUCCACUGCUGGGAGAAUUCGAAGCUGGAGAGCUGCAUUGAGUGAAAUAGCCAACCUCUCCGGAUUCGAUUCUCAGUUCAUCAGACCUGAAACUAAACUAGUCGAGGAAAUCGUCAAAGCUGUAUUCCAGGCAAUACGCAGCAGCAGCCAGAUGGUAAAUUUUUCAUCAUAUUCGGCUAGCAGAGGUUUGGUUGGAGUGGAAAGGCAGAUAGAACAAUUACAAGCCUUGUUGUGCUCUGACGAGAGGAGUAAUUGGACGAUUGGACUGUCGGGAAUGGCUGGCAUUGGGAAGACUACUCUUGCUAAGGCUUUCUUCGACCUAUUCUCCUCUCGAUUCGAAGCUUCAUACUUCUUCAGCAAUUUUGCUUACACGAUGGCUCGCGGGCUGUCUGUAUUGCCAUUUGGUAAUUUGCAAAAUGACUUCUUUUCAAAGCUGUUGGGUGAUGAGAAUGGCAGAGCAGGUGGUGGAAGAGUAUCCUAUGAUUUGAUGCUUCGCCGCCUUGGUUGUAUGAAGGCCUUGGUUGUGAUUGACGAUGUGGGCGACGAUGUUGGCAACAUUGGCCCGCUGAAGGAUCUGUUAAAUGGACAGUAUUGCAAUUUAUUCGGCCCGGGCAGUGUGAUCAUCAUGACGAGCAGGAACAAACAACUUCUUAAGAGUGUUUGUGAUCGUGUAUAUGAAGCCAAGGGUCUGGACUAUGAAGAAGGGUCUCGACUUUUCCGCUUGCAUGCCUUCAGACAGCAAAAUGUCCAAACUGAAUAUUUGCAGAUGAUUGGGAGAGCAGUGAACUAUGUCAGUGGAAAUCCAUUAGCAACUACCGUGUUGGGUGCACACUUAUUUGGUCGGGACCUCAAGUUUUGGGAUCGUGAGUUAGGCGCGUUGGAAGAUAAUCCGAACUCAGUGGUUCAGAAUGUAUUGCGAAAGAGUUACGAUGGAUUGAGUCGAGAAGAAAAGGAUAUAUUCCUUGAUCUUGCAUGCUGUUUUCAAUAUUGGAUAUAUUGCUGGCUAGACCACAUUGCGGAAUUAAUGGGUUUAGAAGGUGGGAGAGUGAACCUCAUCGCUAACCUUGUCGAUAAGUCUCUUAUAAUCACCGAUUCCAAUGGGCUAAUAGAAGUUAAUCGUCUGCUAGAAGUCCUUGCUCGCAGCAUUGUCAAUGAAGAACGACAAAUUGAAAAACGUUCGAGGUUGUGGAAAUCUCAAGAUAUUUAUUAUCUAUUUCGCGAAAACAAGGGGACUGAAUCCACCGAAGGUAUCUUCUUGGAGGUUGACCAAAUCGGAUACAAGGUACAUGGCUUGCACUCUUUUUUUAAGAAGGAUGAACAUGACUUGCACUUGCAACCCGACACUUUCAUGAAGAUGAAGAAACUCCGAUUCCUCGUGAUUCGUGAGUGCGCUAGCAGUCUAGUUACUCCAAAGGAUGGGUUACAAUAUCUACCAAACGCGUUGAGAAUUCUUGACUGGCAUUCGUUUGCUUCUAAGUGUUUGCCUUCUCAAUUUUCUGCUGAAAAUCUUAUCAAACUUAAUCUGCCAUUUAGCCAGAUUGAACAACUUUGGGAAAGUGAUGAACAACUUAAUGCGGGUUUGGGGAAUUUGAAAUUCCUUAAUCUCACGGGAUCAAAAAGGCUAAGAAAGUUGCCUGAUCUCUCCAGGGCUAAAAAGCUUAAAAAGGUUGACCUUUCUUCAUGUGAGAGCUUAGUGGAGCUCCCCUCCUCAAUUUUGGGUCUCCCCAAGUUGGAGUCCCUCAACUUGUCGAAUUGCAUCAGCCUAAAGUUCGAGAACUUGGAAGACUAUCAAACCAGCAACCGCGAACAAAGUACUUGUCAUUAUGGCAUUUUACCCAGCCUGAGAAUGUUGGAUCUAAGCUACAUACCAAUCCAGAAGUUUCCAAGUUUCAUCACCAAAAUGCGUAUUUUGGAACUCCGAUGCAGUGGCUGCUCUAAGUUGACUGAAUUUCCAGUCAUCCCAAGCCUGAAGGGCUUAACCUUGACUGGUAGUUUGAUCGAAGAGGUGGUUUUGGAGAAGUUGACAGAAUUGAAGUACCUCGACCUUUCGAAAAACGAGCAACUUAUUCUCAUCUCUGGUGACUUCUCUAAGUUGAAAUCUCUGGGACAUAUCAACCUGGAUGGUUGUAGCAAGCUGUUCAGCCUUCCCGACAGCUUUGUUAAUCCAACAAAUCUGGAAUGUCCCGCAGGAUUGCCUAAGUUGAGCCUCAGUGGUUGCAAGAGUCUAGCACGCCUUCCUGACAGCAUUGGUAAUCUGAUGCAUUUGGAAUCUCUUAAUCUAAGUUGCACAACUUUCAAAGAGCUGCCAUCCUCCAUUGUAGAUCUGAUUCGACUAUCUGAAUUGCUCCUCGAAGAUUGUAAGAGCCUAGCAUGCCUCCCUUUCACCAUCCACAAACUAACGAGAUUGAGUGAACUCAAUCUGGUUGGUUGUGAUCAACUAAGGCAUUUGCCAGAGCUUCCUUCAUCCUUGAAAAAAUUGGAUGCUCGUGGUUGCAAGUCACUUCAAACCCUGUCAAUUGGCACUGUCGAGAAACAUGACUUCUCAGAUAUAGAUUGGUGCUUUGGCCAGUGCUGGAAGUUGGAUCCAGUAGUAUGCAAUAAGAUUGUAGAUAAGUUCACACAGGAUUCUAUUCGAUGCUCUUACCGGUCAAGCCUGUUACUCCCUGCAAAAUGGGGGAGUGAAAGUGGUGGUGGUGAAGAAGGAAACAAAAAGGGACCUAAUAAUGGUAAUACUAAUAACAACACAACAGUGACAGCAAAGUUGCGUGGACAUCCAUGGAAGUUGAAGUCGAUAGUUUUCUGUGUGCUGCUCAACUCCCCUGAUCCCCUUCUUAGUAAUAAGGACACCAAUUUCCAUGUUCUUUGCAUGAUGCUCGACGAUAGAGACAAUGCUGGGGCUGAAGAAGUUGUGGGCGAAUACGUUUGGAAACCUUUCCGAAAAUAUGAUGAUCAGAAAGAUGAGCGUCUCUUGAAUGGUCACUUCUUAGUAUGGUCUACUGAUCAAACACUCGUCGUUGGGGAAAAUGCGGGCGGCUCUUCUACCGUUGAAUUCUUCUUUCGCUGCUGGUACACGCACGAGCUGCCCGACUUGGUCAAGAAUUGUCUGGUUAUUCCAGUUUACGACGACAGAGUAGUGACGAAUGAAGAUGGCGAAGAAGAAAAAGAUGAUGAUGAUGAUGAUGAAUCUCCAAAUGGCCUCCAUGGGUUAUAUGAUCGGUUGUGUGAUCACCCACCAGCAGUGAAGUUCUUUACAGAGGAGACAUGAAACUGGAGGAUAAUGGAAAAUGGAAAGCUGUUUGGAAGUGGAGAGGGCCAAGCAGGAUUAAACACUUCCUUUGGCUGGCAACCCAUGAACGCCUCCUCACUAACAAAGAGAGGGAGAAAAGGAAGCUGACAACUUGCAACUUGUGCAGCCACUGCAAUGAAGAAGAAGAAACAAUUGAGCACAUUCUCAGGAAGUGCAAAAAAGCCAAGAACAUUUGGGAAACGUUUCAGAACAAGGAGUCUACCAUGAGCAGAAACCUGAACUUCACUGAUUGGCUGAUACUUAACAUCAAAUGUGAAGAUACUGCCACAGAGUUUGGGAUCAUUUGUUGGCAACUUUGGAAGCAAAGAAAUGAUGAGGUGAUGGAAGGGCGUGCCUUUCUGAAAGAGAGUGUCACAGCUAAAAUCAAAGCAUGGUUCAAUAUAGUGAAUCAAGCUCAUGCCAACCAGCAGAAGACAGCAGGUUUUGUUCCAAAGAAGAGAAUCCCCUGCGAUGUUGGAUGGAAACCGCCAGAGGAAGGAUGGAUUCAACUCCAAUCUGAUGGUUCCUUUCAUGCUCAGAGUGGGAGAGCAGCAGCAGGAGGUUUGUUCAGGGAUCACCUAGGUAGAUGUUUGGGAGCCUAUGUGUGUAAUCUUGGACGAUGCUCAAUCACUGCUGCUGAGCUGCGAGGAAGCUUGGAGGGUUUGAGGAUUGCGUGGAAGGUAGGCUACAGGAAGAUCGUUCUUCACAGCGACUCAACCACUGCCAUUAACAUCAUUAAACACAGGAAUGAAGAUGUGCAUCGCCAUGGUUCAAUUGCCAGGCACUUGAGCUUUAUUUUGGAUCGACAAUGGGAGGUUAGAGUGUCCCAUGUAUAUAAAGAAGCGAACUACGCGGCUGAUUACUUGGCCAACAAGGCUCAUGAUUUUGAUUUUGGCACACAUCAUUUCAAUGUGUGUGAUAGGGACUUGGUUAGAUGGAUCAACCAUGAUGUAAUGAGAAUCUCCCAUGAAAGAGCUAUUAUUAAUAUGAAUUAGACGCUCGACGUCUGUCGUUUAACCAAUAAAAAAAAACCCUGCUCUGCAAGUCAAAUAAUGCAAACUGCAUCAACGUUUGGAAAGUGAUGCUUGGUUUUUGGCCAUUUCCACUUGAGGAAGGAAGGAUAGAUGUAUGUUUUAUGUUUUGGGUUAGGGCUUUUGGUGAGCUCAAUGGCAAAAUGGCCACUGAACUUUUGAUCCAUAUUGCGGAAUUGCCACUAAACUUUGUAAAGUAUGCUGAAGUGCUCAUUUAUGUUUUUGAAACCGUGAGAAAA